AUGCGCAUCGAGCUCUGCCGCACGGCCGCCCUCUGCGCCGCCAUCCUUCGCCUGGCCCCACCCGUCGUCGCACCCCGCACUCCGCCGCUGGAGUCUGCGAUCAAUGCCGCCAAUGCGCAUCUCUUUGGCGCAGACGAUGCAGCGGCACGGGCAAUCGACACGAGCGGGAUGGAGGACGAGCUCUGGCGCAUUAUGCAAGGUGUCCCGACCGACGCCGACAGCCACUACGGUUACCACCAGGGCAAUCCCAGCGUCGACCAUGGCUAUGGAGGAUACCAAGCUGCUCCAGACGACCAGCACGGCUACCAGUACGCUGAUUAUGGAGCUUAUCACGACCCGCAUGCCGGUCACUACGCUUAUGGCGGACAGUCGGCGGAUCGAGGCACGGAGAGUGGAAGCUCUGCUGAGCUGCACCAGAGCGCUCCGGGCAUCUAUCUUGACCAGUCCCAGGGCGUCGCCAGGAAGGCGGGCAGGGCGAGCAACAGCGGACCCGCCAAAAUGAGCCGGAGCCGCUCGAGCAAGGCAGCGUCGAGCCGACCGGUCAUCCCCUCCGUGGUCAUCAAAGACCCGCUCUUCGAAGAGAGCCACGUCAACGCAGCCCUGCUUAAGUACCGCGAGAGGUACCUCCUGCACUACAAGACGCAGCUGCUCUCGCAGACCUCCGAUGGCUUCCAGGGCUGGAUCGACCUGAUCCACUUUGUGCCCAGACGCGACCUCAAGUUCCCCGAACACCUCGGAAGCACGUUCGUCGCCGCGCGCGCGAUGUACAUGUCCAAGGGAAGAGUGAGGAUGGUGGCGCUGGACCACCCGUUCGGCCUGCUCGAGGAGCCGCUGUACCUCCAAGACUACCUCGUCAACGCCUUGAUCGACCCCAUGCGCCCGGAACAGGAGGGCUUCUACUUCGCCUCGGUGGCCGCGCAUCACCAUGGCUUUGCGACGAGGGACGAAGAGGCGGACGAGUUUCGCCGCUUUUAUCUCGGCGAGCUGCGCAUCCCGACCGUCUUGGCCCAUGCCUUCGCUAAGCAGUAG